AUGGCAUGUCACGAAAAGCCCGUGAGUCUCUACUUCUCCCUAGGCAUACCUUUACAGAGAGGAGGGAGUGGAGGAGGACUUGUCCACCAUCAUCACAACACACUUCUUUGGAUAAACCAGUUUGACUUGGACUUCACAUCUGAGUCUUGGAUGAAGCUCACCGUGAUGAAGGUGACUGUGUGUUUUGGUCAGACCGGGAUUGUGGUCCCCUGUAAAGACGGCUGGACCGUUAGAGACCUCAUUCAACAAGCAACACAGAGAUACAAAAAACUUCUGGAACAGGAGGGAGAGUUUGUGGUUCGAACCCAUCAUCUUGAAUACUGCGAUGGAGGGAUUCUGGACCCCGACGACACGCUCAGCGAUCUGGUGGAAGACAGAGACAAGUUGAUGGCGGUGUACGAGGAACAGGAGGCUCAGAGGACCACCCCAGACCCCAUCGUCAGUCCCAGCCCUGAGCUGUACCACACUGAGCUCUCAGUGUUUCAGCCAAUCACAGGAGGAGAGAUCGAAGUCACCUCCUCAGCUCUCAAGUCCAACACCCCCCUGCUGGUGAGGAGCAGUAGUGACUCAGUUCUCAACCCUCCGGCUGCAGAGAAUGAGCCCUCCCUUCCUGCUGACCCUCAUCCUAUGAUCGCGAGUCCUGCCGUUCCCCAGAGAGACUACUACUAUAACAAGCACACAUUUAACACAAGCCUGUCGAGAAUAGUGGAGAUCUUGGGCGAGGACAGUCCUUUGGGGAUCCAUGUUGUCCCAUACUGCUCCUCCCUCAGUGGACGUGUCCUCCGCCCUUUUCCUCCACUUGUUCCUCCUCACAACACCAACACCAACCCACCUCCCGCCUUCGCUCAGCUGACUCCAACCGCCUUCCCUCCCGUCACCCGCACUCACCUCCUCCCUCCCAUCACCCGCACUCUCCUCUUCACUCCCAUCACCCGCACUCUCCUCUUCACUCCCAUCACCCGCACUCUCCUCCUCACUCCCAUCACCCGCACUCUCCUCCUCACUCCCAUCACCCACACUAAGCACCUCACUCCCAUCACUGGCGCUCUCCUCCUCCCUCCCAUCAUCCGCACUCUCCUCCUCACUCCCAUCACCCGCACUCUCCUCCUCACUCCCAUCACCCGCACUCUCCUCCUCACUCCCAUCACCCGCACUCUCCUCCUCACUCCCAUCACCCGCACUCUCCUCCUCACUCCCAUCACCCGCACUCUCCUCCUCCCUCCCAUCAUCCGCACUCUCCUCCUCACUCCCAUCACCCGCACUCUCCUCCUCACUCCCAUCACCCGCACUCUCCUCCUCACUCCCAUCACCCGCACUCUCCUCCUCCCUCCCAUCAUCCGCACUAAGCGCCUCACUCCCAUCACCCGCACUCUCCUCCUCACUCCCAUCACCCGCGCUCUCCUCCUCACUCCCAUCACCCGCGCUCUCCUCCUCACUCCCAUCACCCGCGCUCUCCUCCUCACUCCCAUCACCCGCGCUCUCCUCCUCACUCCCAUCACCCGCGCUCUCCUCCUCACUCCCAUCACCCGCGCUCUCCUCCUCACUCCCAUCACCCGCGCUCUCCUCCUCACUCCCAUCACCCGCGCUCUCCUCUUCACUCCCAUCACCCGCACUCUCCUCCUCACUCUCAUCACCCGCGCUCUCCUCCUCACUCCCAUCACCCGCACUCUCCUCCUCACUCCCAUCACCCGCACUCUCCUCCUCACUCCCAUCACCCGCACUCUCCUCCUCACUCCCAUCACCCGCACUCUCCUCCUCACUCCCAUCACCCGCACUCUCCUCCUCACUCCCAUCACCCGCACUCUCCUCCUCACUCCCAUCACUGGUACUCUCCUCCUCCCUCCCAUCAUCCGCACUAAGCACCUCACUCCCAUCACCCGCACUCUCCUCCUCACUCCCAUCACCCGCACUCUCCUCCUCACUCCCAUCACCCGCACUCUUCUCUUCACUCCCAUCACCCGCACUCUUCUCUUCACUCCCAUCACCCGCACUCUCCUCCUCACUCCCAUCACCCGCACUCUCCUCCUCACUCUCAUCACUCUCACUCACCGCCUCACUAUAUAUUUACAUAGUAUCUAG